CCUCAACAAGACGAUCAUGGCCAGCAAACUUUCUCAGCCUGGCUCUGGCCUCAGCUCUGACCUGAGGGUGGUGCUGGUUGGUCAGGAAAGAGUGGGGAAGAGCGCAGCAGGAAACACCAUCCUGGGAAGGAGGGAGUUUCUCUCUGGCUUGAGUUUCAAACCGCUGACGCUGAAAAGUGAGAGGAGAGGAGGUGAUGUGUUGGGCCGCAGAGUCGCCGUGGUUGACACCCCUGGGCUCUUCAGCAGUCGGCUCACUGAAGAGGAAGUGAAGGCCCAGCUGGAAGAAGCCCUGCGGCUGAGCGCUCCGGGUCCCCACGCCUUCCUCCUCACCCUGCAGCUCGGACGCUUCACCCAGCAAGAGCAGAUAGGCCUGGAUACCCUGGAGAAGAUGCUGUGUCCUGCAGUCAGAAGUCACACCAUCGUGCUCUUCACGUACGGAGACAGACUGGAAGACACCGACAUAGAUCAGUUCAUUAGAGAGGAUGAAAACUUACAGAAGCUGGUUCAGAAAUGUGGCGGGCGAUAUCAUGUGUUGGACAACAAAAUGUCAGGAAACACUGAUCAGGUCAGAGAGCUGCUGAACAAAAUAGAGUCCAUCAGUCAGGGAGGAAACUUGUGUUAUAGCUCCUGCAGGCAGACGUACACAGACCUGGCCACUGUGGGCAGUGAGGAGGACGAGGCCGAGCUGACUGACACUCUGGGAGAACAUUAUGGGCCCUAA